AUGGCUUCUUUGAAGCAGUUCAUCAGAAACGUCAGGGCUGCCAAAACGAUUGCCGACGAGCGGGCUGUUAUCCAGAAAGAAAGCGCGGCGAUCCGAGCGAGUUUCCGAGAGGAGAGCCAUGACCACAACGUCCGCCGAAAUAAUGUUGCGAAGCUACUAUACCUCUUCACCCUUGGUGAAAGGACCCAUUUCGGUCAGAUAGAAUGCCUCAAGCUUCUCGCAUCUCCUCGCUUCGCCGAUAAACGACUCGGUCACCUGGCAACCAGUCUCCUCCUUGACGAGAACCAGGAGGUGCUCACCCUAGUCACGAAUUCGUUGAAGAACGAUCUUUCUCACUCGAAUCAGUACAUCGUCGGCCUUGCCCUAUGUACGCUCGGUAACAUCGCGUCUGUCGAGAUGUCCCGGGACCUCUUCCCCGAGAUCGAAAGCUUGAUAUCUACUUCCAACCCUUAUAUUCGGAGGAAGGCGGCCCUGUGUGCUAUGCGUAUAUGUCGCAAAGUGCCCGACCUCCAGGAACACUUCCUCGAAAAGGCAACCCACCUGCUAUCCGACCGGAACCACGGCGUCUUGCUCUGCGGCUUAACCCUGGCGACUAGUCUCUGUGAGGCUGAUGAAGAAGAAGGCGGCGAAGAGGGUAUCGUUGAAAAGUUCCGGCCGUUUGUUCCUGUAUUGGUAAAGACUCUCAAAGGUCUUGCGACUUCUGGGUACGCUCCGGAGCACGACGUAACAGGCAUCACCGACCCCUUUCUUCAAGUCAAGAUUCUUCGUCUUCUCCGAAUCCUUGCUAUCGGGGAUAGCGAAGUGAGCGAACAGAUAAACGAUAUCUUAGCCCAGGUUGCCACGAAUACCGACUCUUCAAAGAAUGUCGGUAAUUCGAUCUUAUACGAGUCGGUUCGGACAAUUCUCGAUAUUGAAGCCGACUCUGGCUUGCGAGUUCUCGGCGUCAAUAUUCUUGGAAAGUUCUUAUCCAACAGGGACAACAACAUUCGAUAUGUCGCUUUGAACACCCUAAUCAAAGUAGUCGGAAUCGAACCUAACGCCGUUCAGAGACACCGGAACACCAUUCUAGAGUGUCUGAGGGAUCCGGACAUUAGCAUUCGGAGGCGUGCCCUGGAACUAAGCUUCACUUUGAUCAAUGAGUCGAAUGUUAGGGUUCUGAUUCGGGAAUUGCUGGCAUUCUUGGAGGUUGCCGAUAAUGAAUUCAAGCCGACAAUGACGAGUCAGAUUGGUAUUGCCGCCGACAAGUUCGCUCCCAACAAGCGCUGGCACGUCGACACUAUGCUCAGGGUGUUGACUCUCGCCGGUAAUUAUGUUAAGGAGCCAAUCCUAUCAUCCUUCAUUCGCCUUAUCGCCACUACGCCUGAACUGCAAACAUACGCUGUCCAAAAGCUCUACGCAAGUUUGAAGAAGGAUAUUACUCAAGAGUCUCUGACGCAGGCCGCCGCAUGGUGUAUAGGCGAGUUUGGCGAUUCGCUGCUCCGAGGCGGGCAGUACGAGGAUGAAGAGCUCGUCCAGAACGUCGAGGAGCGUGAGAUCAUCGACCUGUUCUCAACGAUAUUGAAUAGCAGCUACGCGACACAGGUCACCACCGAAUAUAUUGUCACGGCCCUGAUGAAACUUACGACUCGGUUCUCGGAUGCUGCUCAAGUGGAAAGAAUCCGGCGCAUACUCCAGAGUAACCAAACAAGUCUGGACGUGGAGGUCCAGCAGCGGGCGGUUGAGUAUGGCAAUCUCUUUGGUUAUGACGAUAUCCGGAGAGGAGUCUUAGAGAAGAUGCCCCCUCCUCAGAUUAAGGAGGAAUCAAGAGUGCUCGGGGCCGCAACUACUACGAAGAAGUCCAGCAAAGCAAGCAACAGAAAGUCCAAGGUUGUGAAACCCACGGAGCAAGACCUCUUGUUUGACUUGAUGGAUCAGCCACCCGCUGCCGCCGCUCCUAGUUCUCAGUCCAAUAUGGAUCUAUUAGCAGAUAUAUUAGGAGGCUCGACUCCAGCUCCAACAACCUCUGCCAGCCCUCCACCACAACAGUCGAAUGUGGCCUCCAUCAUGGAUCUUUUCUCAACCCCAAGUCCGACCCAACCCCAGGGCUAUCCGCCUCCCGCACAAGCCCCGGCCGCUGCCAACGUUGGCGUCCGGUCAUCUCUAUCACCCACAGGGACGCCAGCACCCCAGGCCGUCUCAUCGCCGCCGGCACCAGCCAGCCAUGCCUGCUACAACUCCAACGGGCUUGAGAUUACGCUUCAACUCCAGCGCAACUCUGAGGGUAUAAUACAAGCUAUGGCGAGGUUCCGAAAUACCUCACCUUCCUCUCCGCUCUCCAAUGUCGGUCUCCAAGCCGCCGUUCCGAAGUCGCAGAAGCUUCAACUUCUGGGCAUCUCGAGCCCUGAUAUCGCGCCUGGCACGGAGGCGACCCAGUUAAUGAGGGUUGCGGGCUGUAAAGGAGUAAGCCACCCCCUCUCCCUUCUCUCUCUCUUCCCACAUCCAAAACCUCCAGCCGUCUAG